UCCUUUGAUUUCCUUUUACUAAAGCCCGGAAAGCUCCGGUGAUUACAUAAGCAAUCUGCGUAUUGUUAGUUCUGCCGUCGCUCCGGGUAAAAUGCGAUCGUGGUGAUUGAGGACACGGAGCCCGGAGUGGGGAACUGAACCAGUCAACUGCGAAGUGCGACGAGUAUCGGGCGUUUGGAGAGCCCACACGCAAACACAGUUGUGUUCGAAAGAAUUUUCCACCAAAAUGUGUUGACAAAAUCACGUCUAACUUCCUUCAAACCGACAUUUAGCGCAAUUGUAGUGAAUCAAACAAACAGCAAAUUUUCUACUUGUUGAUAGUGAAUUAAACAAUAAUCAAAACAAUGGCUGAGUUAAAUCUUGACCUGGAGCAAUCCUUGCAACUAAGAAUGGCACAGUUUAAAAGCGACCCGGAGAAAAUGCAAGACGUGAACGAUUUUUUAAACGACCUUUUCGAAAAAGCACAAAAGGAGGUCGAGCUCCGGAACGGAACUAAGGGUAAAGGGAAAUUGGACGCUUUAGGAAUACAGAAUGGGACUAAGAGGAUCGGGGCUUGGUCGAACAGGGCCAGGUCGCAAGCUCGCACAUUUGCCACCAGAAUUUUUACGACGAUCUGUAACUGCACAAAUUCAGUUCGUAGCGUUGUCGUCAAUCGCAACUAGUUGAUGUUGAUCUGUGUUAUAUUUUAUCAGUGUUGAAGAGAUGUUUGUGUUGCAUAUAUGUCAAUCAAAAUUUACUCUUCCGUUUUAUUUACGAAAUAGGGAGCGAAAAAGACUAACGCAGCGCCGUUUUUCCAAUUUUGAGAUGUUUUUACAACCCGUGUGUUAAGCACGACUGAGUAGAAUUGACCAACUUGAACUUAUUUUCGAAUAACUAACAUUAAAGGCAUUAACAAAGACAAUCAAGAGUUCAAAAUGCAGUAAGUAUAUCAAUUUAUUCGUUGUGAAUUGAUGUAAUUAUGUAUUGAAUGGAGGGUAAAAUAGAGCAAUAUGAAACUUG